AUUUUCUAAAUCAUCAUGAGCAGCAUUCAAAAGCCCCCAAAAUGCUACCAAACGAGGCGAAUCACUUUGUCAGCUUGCCACAGACUUCAUAGCCCAUAUUUAUCUGACGAAAUGAACCAGGAAGUUUUUGGCAAAUGCAACCAUCCUAAUGGUCACGGACAUAAUUACAUAAUUAAAGUGACGUUGUUUGGGGAAAUCGACAAAACGACUGGAAUGCUAAUGAAUCUCACCCAUUUGAAGAAGUACAUGGAAGCGGCUAUAAUGAAACCGAUGGAUCAUAAGAACAUUGACAAAGAUAUAGAGUAUUUCAAAGAUAAACCGAGCACAACCGAGAAUGUGGCCGUUUAUUGUUGGAAGCGUAUGCAGGAAAUUAUGGACCAUCCUGAAUGGUUGCAUGAGGUUGAGAUCCAUGAAACAGAAAACAAUAUUGUACGAUACAGGGGUGACUGAAUAUUAAUGGUAUAAACACUUAUUUCUCCAA